UUAAAAAAAAACCUGGAGGAAUAUAUGGCACAUAUUGACAAAGUGAGAAUUGUGCGCACCAAGAAGCGGGAAGGACUUAUUCGCACCAGAUUACUUGGAGCUACAAUAGCUAAAGGAGAAGUAUUGACUUUUCUAGAUUCACACUGUGAAGUUAAUGUGAACUGGCUACCUCCUUUACUAAACCAGAUUGCACUGAACUAUAAAACUAUUGUAUGUCCCAUGAUUGAUGUCAUUGACCACAAUCACUUUGGGUAUGAGGCACAAGCAGGGGAUGCCAUGCGUGGAGCCUUUGACUGGGAGAUGUAUUACAAAAGAAUACCAAUUCCACCGGAGCUCCAAAGGACUGAUCCCAGUGAUCCUUUUGAAUCUCCUGUUAUGGCUGGAGGCCUCUUUGCUGUUAAUAGAAAGUGGUUUUGGGAUCUUGGUGGCUAUGACCCUGGAUUAGAAAUCUGGGGAGGAGAACAGUAUGAAAUAUCAUUCAAAGUCUGGAUGUGUGGAGGUGGCAUGUUUGACGUUCCAUGUUCUAGAGUUGGGCACAUCUAUAGGAAAUAUGUUCCCUAUAAAGUCCCAUCUGGCACCAGUUUAGCAAGGAACCUGAAACGUGUGGCAGAAACUUGGAUGGAUGAGUUUGCUGAAUAUGUUUAUCAGCGGCGUCCUGAAUAUAGGCAUCUUUCCACUGGCGAUAUUUCAGCCCAGAAGGAGCUUCGCAAGCAUCUCAAGUGCAAGGAUUUCAAGUGGUUCAUGGCUGCAGUGGCUUGGGAUGUCCCCAAGUAUUUUCCACCAGUGGAGCCACAACCUGCUUCUUGGGGAGAGAUUCGGAAUGUGGCAUCUAAUCUCUGUAUGGACAGUAAGCAUGGUGGAACAGGCACUGAACUUAGACUAGAUAUAUGUGUGAAGGAUGGUUCUGAACGGACAUGGUCACAUGAGCAGCUGUUCACCUUUGGUUGGAGAGAAGACAUCCGUCCAGGAGAACCUCUUCACAGCCGAAAAUUCUGCUUCGAUGCAAUUUCACACAGUAGUCCUGUCACACUUUAUGACUGUCAUGGUAUGAAAGGCAACCAGCAUUGGAACUAUAGGAAGGACAAAACUUUAUUCCAUGCUGUGAGCGGCAGCUGCAUUGAUUGCAAUCCAGCAGAGAAGAAGAUUUUCAUGAAUAGAUGUGAUCCUUUAUCUGAAACUCAACAGUGGAUUUUUGAGCAUAUUAAUAUGACUGUUAUAGAAAAAAUUAUCAGCAAAGAAACCAGCUCUUAGCAAGGAACAGAAAACAAACUGCUCUGUAUAGAUUGAAAACAACAUUUUGGCCAGCAUCUGAAUUAGAGGAAUCAGAAAUUAAGUUUUCCUAGAGCAAGGAAAUCUGUCCUGAAGAUUAAGCAAAUGCCAGGGCAGAAGCCAGCCACAUAUCACUGCAGAUGGACAAUAUCUCAAGAACUUGGCUAAGAACAUUACCAGCUGCUGCUGAGGUUUAAACUCUGCUGACAAUUCCCUUGCUGGUCAAGGGAGAACUUUAUUUAAAAUAAUGAAAUGAUUCAAAUGCUUAGUGUUAAUAAAGUUAAGCAAAAGUUUUAGAGUUUCUCAGGUUAAACCCUGCUAUAGUGAGUAGGUACAAUUAGUUGUUGUCAUUUAUGGAUAACUAAUGGAGUGCAUGACUGCUAGGGGGGAUGUUUGAAUUGGCAUUGAACUAGCAACAUGUAUGAAAUGUUGCCAAAAUUGUGAAGGAGAUAUGUUCUAAUGCCAUUUCAUUCCCUCAGCAAAUGUUUGAGUCGCGAGGUUAUCUAAAUAAAGGGUCACAGCAGAGAAUAUUGACAGCCUCCUUGUUAUGUUCUUUUCAGUGUUGAAUAGGAAAUGGAUUUUUUAAAAAGUAAUUUUAG